AGCUGUUCUGGCCCAUUAUCAUGUGCAGGCAGAUCUGUGCAUGCCUGUGCCUCUCAAAUGGCGCCAAGAAUGGUAGAAUGUGCAUAUUCUGAACCCUCAAAACAACAAUAUCAAUUAUUCCGUCAGUUUAAUGAGUAAAUUCGGUUCAUGCUGCUAAAUAGUGAAGAGUUGAAAAUUUAGUGCAGAAUAAUUAAAAUAAACAAUUAAGAGUGUAAAAGGAAAAGAUCAAAAGACAAUCGAAAAGCGCAAAAUUAAUGUCCUCCACUUUAAAAUUCAUCAGUGCAUAAUAAUAAACAAUAAUAAUACUUCAAAAAUAAAAAAUGGCGAACCUUGGUGACAGAAUAGUAGUUCUGAUUGACAUGGACUGUUUUUUCUGUCAAGUGGAAGCAAAGCUCCAGCCUGAACUGAAAGGAAAACCCCUUGCUGUCAUCCAGUACAGUAGCUUCGGUCCCAGCUCCAUAAUAGCGGUGAACUACGAGGCUAGAGAUUACGGAGUGACUCGACACAUGAAGGGCCCCGAAGCAAAGGAGAAAUGUCCAGAUAUCGUUCUGGUAACGGUUCCACCACUGAGAAAUAAACCAGACACUGGGAGAUACAGAUCAGCAGGUAGAGAAGUGAUCGAUGUUUUGAAAAAGCAAUGUUCAAUAAUCGAGAGAGCUAGUAUCGACGAGGCUUAUUUGGACAUUACGAGCCUCGUUGAAGAACGAAUGGAUUCUGCCGAGCAGUCACCGGAGAGGAUGAUUGGAGCCCUGUCGAACACCUUCGUCGUGGGUUACUGCGAUGACGACAGCAAUGAUGAGGGGAAGAGAGCAGAGGGCGUCGAGAGAUGGGUGAGUGAAGCUUUUGGAGAUUUAGGAGACGUUCAAGCUAGGAAACUUGCCAUUGCUGGCAUGUUAGUUGAGGAAUUCAGGGCUGAAAUUUGGUCGCAGUGUGAGUAUCGAUGCUCAGCUGGCAUUUCGUACAAUAAAAUUUUGGCUAAACUGGCUUGUGGCCUACACAAGCCCAAUAAGCAGACCAUUUUGCCCACUGCGGCUGUCACUGGGCUGUACUCCUCCCUUCCUGUGAAAAAAGUUAGAAAUCUGGGGGGAAAGUUCGGGAAUAUUGUGAUGGAGUCUCUUGGCUGCAACGUCAUGGCUGAUCUUCUGAAGUACUCUCUUCAGGAUCUUCGAAGACGUUUCGAUGAUAAGACUGGCUCGUGGCUGUAUAAUAUUGCGAGAGGAAUUGAUAAUGAGCCCGUUACUAACAGACUCAUAUGUAAAUCGAUUGGAUCCAGCAAAAAUUUUCCUGGAAAGGCAGCCAUCACGAAGCUGGAGGAUUUGAAGGGGUGGGUGACAUGUCUCGCUGAGGAAAUUGUCGACCGGUUGGAGCAGGAUAUGGAGGAGAAUGAGAGACGUGCGACCCAUUUGACGCUCAGUUAUCAUUGGUAUCAAGAUAAGAAGGUCGUCACCCAAUCGAAGAGUUGUUCGUUGACUUCGUACAAAAUUGACAGAAUUGUUAAUAUGUGCGUUGAUGUUAUUACGAAGGCGACGCAGAAGCCUAUUGCUUUCAUUGGAAUGUCAGCGGGCAAGUUUAUUGCUGUUAAAGGCAGUGGCAACUUUGUUAAUUUCUUCAAGAGUGGGGGUAAACCAGAGAAUUUACAGGUCAAGCCGGAUCUCAUUAAUCAAUCAAAAUAUUUCGAGCCUAAUUCUGAAAAUUCACUUGAGGUAAAGAGCUCUGAUUUUCCCCAAAAUGAAGAGAAUUCUUUGGACUCGAACGUGAAAUUUGAGGAAUCGGACGUGAAGACUUACACUAGAAAGAGGGACGGUACUGAGCACAAAGCAGAACUGGAGAACAACUUGAGCAAUUUAUUUUCCUCUAAAGAGGAGAGGAAUAAUCACGCCAAAAUUACUCUCCCUGAAGUUACUGACCAGAAGCCUAAUCUUUUACUGAGUUUCGAUAUUUCCAAGUGCCCAUUGGACAGCGACGAUUUCAAGAAUUCUUUUUUUCUUAACUUCCUGAAAGACUCUCGCAGUACACCGGUACAAUCACUUGAAUCGAAGCCUCUCAAAGAGUCUGCGAAUGCGGAGAUGCUAGAGUCAAAUUCCUUGGAUAAGUGUGACAUUGAGUCUCCAGAUUUAUUCGAUGAUUGUGAGAUUGAAGGGCAGCCUGAACUUGAAGGGCAGCCUGAGCCCUACAAAGAGACUUUCCCAUCUUCAAAUGUGAAGGAUAAUGAAAAGCAACAAGUAAAGGCAGGACAAAAUGAGGAUAAUAGCGCUCUGGCGAAGCUCAAAGACAUUUUUCCUGAUUUAAAUAACAUUGACACCUCAGUACUACAAUUAUUACCCAUCCAACUUCAAAGAGCAGCUGAUGCCUACCUAAAAUUGUCAAAAACCUCAAGUGUCUCAACUAGUACUAAUAAAAACGAUUUGAAAACUAUUGCCAAAGCUAGAGCAACAAAAUCCAAGUCUACGACAACUAAACUUCCCCCUAAAAAAACUGGGAUCAUUAAAAACUUCUUCGUCAACAAUUCAUCAAAUCAUUCCACCGAUUCUCCUAAGAAACAGUGUCCCGAGUGCAAGCAAAUGAUAAUCAUGACGAAAUUUCAAGAGCACUGUGAUUUUCAUGUUGCUGAAAAUUUACAGAGAAUUAUCAAUAACUCUUUGAAUAGUGAAGUGGCAAAUUCGACAGGGGAAGAUAGAUCAUCUAAUUUACAAUCUCCUGUAGCUAAAAGAAAACUCAGCAUUGAAACUCCACAGCCGAACAAAAAACCUCGAAACAUUCAGUCUUUCUUCACUUAAAUGAUAAAUUAUAUGCUUGAACGGGUGGAGGAAAAUGUACAGUGUAAAUUUUGUAAGCAGUAUAAUAUUUUUACACGAGUGAAUAAAAAAUGUUGA